AUGGCUAGAAUCGGCGAUGAGAAUACUAAAGGCCAGUCUACUAAUGGGCCUGCGGUAGGAGCCCAAAUGAGUGACAAAAGACAGAACUUGAAGCCCACGGAACAGAGUUUGUCCUGUUCUGCUGCAGUGUUGAAGUCACAGUUUUGGCGUGAAGGUAUAUUGAAGUUCGUUUUUUCCGAUGCCAGAUCGGAUUGUAGUAGUGACUACGCUGCAAAGGUAGCAGACUUGGUGAAGCAGGAAGGUCAUGAAUUCGACAGCUUUGUGUUAGAAGUCUCUGUCCCAUCAACGAUAAUGGAGAGUGAGCAGAGCGUGCAGUCUUGUAAAGCUUUAUUUGCAUUUAUGUUUGGCUUUUGGUUUAUCAGCGUAUUGGGUCUUAGAAAGUUAUACCUUAAAGGAAAGUAUAACGGUGAAUGUUGGGUGCAGAGUGAAAAGAUUUCUGUAAAGGAUGCCUUGAAUCUAGUCCUGGAUCCACUUAAAGCAUCGUUC